GGGCACAACCCAGCUCCGGAGGUGGGGCCUAGUGAAGUGCUCCUGCCAAUCCAGUCAAAGCCUUGAGGGGCGUGGUCCACAUGGGGGCGGGGCCCGUCGGUUCCGGGCCGCCCGGGGGCGUGGUUGGCCUGGACCGCGGCGGGGGCCAUGUCCGCGCCGUCCGCGCUGCAGAUUCGCGAGGCGAACGUACACCUGGCUGCGGUUCACCGGCGCGCGGCGGAGCUGGAGGCGCGGCUGGACGCCGCGGAGCGCACCGUGAGCGCCCAGGCAGAGCGUCUGGCCCUCCAAGACCAGCAGUUGCGCGCCGCCCUGGACGAGCUGAGCCAAGCCAAAGACCGGUGAGGCCAGGGGCCGGCCAGGUGACUUUCCCGAGGAGGUGGGCGGAGGCGGAGCCGAGCUUGGACUGGGAAGAAGGUGAGAUUGCCGCUCUCCAGGAGCAGCUGCUGACCUCCGAGGCCACUGUCCACAGCCUGCAGGCCGCCGUGCGCCAGAGGGAUGAACUCAUUCGGCAGUUGCAGCCCCGGGCCAAGCUGCUGCAGGACGUUUGUAGCCGGCGGCCGCCCUUGGUCGCACUGCUGGCUGACCUGGCUGAGGCCGAGCGUCUGGGCCCCUUGCCAGCCGGCAACCCAGGCCAUCUGCUCCCUGGUGGUCCGGGUCCCCCGCUUGCCAAUAGCACUGAUGAGAAGGCGGACCAGGACCAGCUCCAGGCUACGAUGUUCGGGACCACAGUGUGAGCCUCAGUGCAGAUUCCAGUGAAUGCAGAAAGCCCUGUUGGGGAUUGCCACUGCUGUGGGCAUCCUCAGGGACUGCCAGUAUCAAGGGGACCUGAGGCAGAGCCAUAACCCUUUCCAAGGAUCAGAACAAACUAAAAAGGCCAUGUUUCCAAUUGGGUGUACAGGUCAAAUGCAGAUGUUUAAUCUGACAAGUUAAAACAACAAAACUUGGAAUCUUACCAUUGUUGAAAAACUGCCAGUGCUCUCGUGAAAAGCUGGAUAUCUGUCUUCAGACCUGACCAGCCUGGUCUGGUGCUGAGUCCAGGGUGCUCUUUUAACCAGGGUGAGCUCCAGUUGGUACCCUCACCUCUUAGGCUGUUGAUCUGGCCCUGGAAGCAUCUGAGUUUGAGACCUCUGUCUGGUGGAGACAGAUGGCAUCAAGUUCCACAAGAUUUAUAUUCCUCCCAUUUUCCCCUUUGCCCUAGUGUUUGUUCUUCCUGAAUAUCCCCCAUGCCAGGGCUUAAGGUGUUUCUUAGCUUCUUAUCUCGGACCAGAGCCAGGGGCUGCGAGCCUCAUGCCACUCCACAUCGAUGGUGUGAAGAACAUUUCUAAUCCUAGAUCUCUGUCCUUCUGUCCACCUUUACUCCCGAAGAAAAAGCAGGCAGGGAGAUGAGCCGAGCGGCCUUCUUCAGGGCUGUGCCUUGGACCUGUGACGGGCUCUUCCCCCUGCCAGGAACCCUUCCCCCAGACGGGCACGAUCGGCUCCUGUCACUCAGGUCUUUGCUCGAAUGUCACCUCCACGAGGCCUCCUCCCACCCACCCUGAUCCCACAUUCCCUUCCUGAUGGAGCUUCCUGCUAUCUCACCGGCAGGCAGAAUGUCAGCUCCUUGACAGCAGGGCUCGGGGCUCUUGUUCUGUUUGUCACUAGUGCCCCUGCAGGGACAGCGGUGGUCCUGUGAGCCCUGAAGGGAGCCCCUCCCCUGGACCAGCCAGGCUUUGGUGGAGCAGUCAUCUCCUUCCUACCCACUAGCAGCACGAUUUUCUAACUCCGUGUUUUCUCCACUGUGCUCGCUGCCCAAGGCAUCCAAGGCACUUUACUCUUCGUCUGACUGGGGAGAGGAGGGCUGCCUUUCCUGGCUCCACACUCGGAGUUGUCAUGCCAGCAAGUGCUGAGGAAUGGUCUGUUUCAGCUGGAAAGGUCGGUGGCCAUUCACAGCCCUGGGGAUGCUGCCGCCUUCCUGCCUGCAUCCAACAGUGACCCUCAGUGCAGUGACAAUGGCCCCAUUUUCCCCUCUGGAUGAACAAGGGAGCUGCUGUUUGUACAAAGGGAAGGCAGGCUGCGGCCUGUCUGUGCUCAAGAAUAAACCGUCUGCUUUCUUCGCUGGUCCUUUGUCCUCU